AUGCGGUCUAUCGCCUUGCCAUUGCUCUUUUGCUGGACCUUAUUCCCCGCUGUUCUCGCCCAGGACAGCAAGCCAGGUGUUCCAGUCCAUCCUAGCCAGCCGUCCAACUGUAUUGCCUGGCAUACCGUCAAGCAAGGCGACGACUGCGAGACCGUUCCCAAGAAGUACUACAUCACCAAAGAAGAGUUCCUAGCUUGGAACACAGCAGUCUCGAAAGACUGUUUGACCAACUUCUGGCUGAAAUACGCCUACUGUGUCAGAAUUGAUGGUACUUCGGCUAUUUACACAUCCGCUCAAUCGACAGAGACGAGCAAGACUACUGUCACAACGAAGUCGAACGAUCCAACCUCCCCCACUUCCAAGACUACAUCGACAAAAGAUACCUCAUCAACCAUAAGAACAUCAAGCAAGCCAACAUCGGGCACUACUUCUGAGUCUGUCGUCACUACUUCAGUUAAUACGACGUACUCUGUUCGCAAUCCCGUUUCAACCUGGAACAUCACCACUCCCACCACCGAUGUCACUUGGCCUCCCAAAGCCACUCAGUCUGGGCAGCCCAAGGACUGCAACAAGUGGCAUCUUGUCAGCGGCCGCCAAAGCUGCCAAGAUGUUCUCAAUGUUCACAGUUCCUUGAUGAAAAAGGAAGAUUUCUUCAAGUGGAACCCUGAAGUCCAUGAGGACUGUUCGGGUCUCUUUGUUGGCUACUGGUAUUGUGUUGGAGUCAAGCUCAACACUACGAACAAUCUCGAAUGGGAAACAUCUACUCCUCCAUUUACUCCUCCUCCUGAACCAACCUCGUAUACGCCCACAAAACUCACGCCCGCAAAUUCUGACUUUACGCCAACUCCAUCUCAUGGUCCGAUGCCAACAGACUGCAUCCACUAUCACCAAGCUGAAGCCGACGAGAGCUGUCGCGAUGUUCUCAAAACAUACAGCUACUUAUCCAAAGAUCAAUUCUUCAAGUACAAUCCAGUGUUGAAGAACAACUGCGACGGUCUUUGGAAAGAUAACUGGUACUGUGUUGGCGUCAAGAGUGAUCUUCUCAUGCCCCCAACUGUUACUACAACCCCCAGUGAUAUUCCCAGUGGGAGUCCCAAGGACUGUAAGGCAUGGUACUACACUACCGGUGGGGAAUCAUGUGAGCAGUUGGCCAACAUGUUCGGGACAUUUAGUGCCGAUGAGUUUAUCUCGAUGAACCCAGCGGUCUUUGAAGACUGUAGCGACAUUGAAGACGAUACCUGGUACUGUGUUGCUGGCCCCGAUACUCCGACGACCAGAACCGCAGACUUGACAACGCCUACGCAGCCCGCAACAGCUAUGCCAACUCAGUCAAAUUUAGCGACUGAUUGCAAGGAAUACUGGCUCGUUUCUAAGAAAGAUACCUGCAGGUCCAUUCGAAGAGCCAACAGUAUCUCACUAGAGAAGCUCCUUGCUUGGAACCCAGCUUUGGGCAGUAAAUGUAGUGGGUUGAAGCCUGAUUCUUAUGUUUGUUGUAAAGCCAGUCGUCGAAUACAAUGGUUUCUGAUAAGAAAUCUAGGCGUAGAUAGGAGUCAGCCAGAGCGCUGGCAAUGGAAGGGCUGCAUAUGCCAUCGACUCCCGCCACCGCAAUAUUGCCGGGACAAGACUGUCCCAGAUUGGGAACAGCCUGCUGACGACUUUUGCUGCGAAGUCGAGUCGCAUCAUUGCGAGCUGUGGGUCAAAACUGUCGGAGAUCCGAAAUGCUGCUUCAUUGGGGUUAUGGGAUGGCUCUUGACCUGCCGCCAAGCAUACAUCGAAGGAACUGAGGUCCUUUACGGCACAAACACUGUUCAUAUAUCAAGCAAGCCUCUUCUUACCAACUUGAGCAGACUAAUUCCUCCGCGAAGUCUAUCGCUGAUAUCCUCACUUGAGGUUGUGUUCUGGCUUGAAACUUAUGAACAACAAGGGAAAGCAUUUCCAAACCUACAACAAUUAGAAAAGGAUCUACUCAUCCUAGAUACACACUUUCCUAGUCUCCUGGGCCUUCAUCUCGGGCUACGACUCGACCUUCCUAUUAUAGAAGAUACCAGGACGAACAUCAAGAGAAAACCUGCAUAUGUCUUGGAUAUGCUCCAAUCGAUAGACGCGUUCCUCAAACGGCGGUGUGACAAGCCUGAGUUUGGUCAUCUUCGUGACCCUCUUUUGCUAUCCAUCUCGCAGUCUGCAUACAAAGACUUUCAAAACGAGGUGCGUCACAACGAUCAAUAUUAUGUUAGGAAGAGUGGUGUUCAAGUCUGGCGACCCUUGUCGCCUGGGCCAUUUGUGUUGGACGAUAAGGGAGAUAUAUGCAAUGCAACAGCAAGUAAUGGAUACUGGAUUUGGGGAGACUAUGAGGAUAGUGGUCCUAAUAAGAAGGUUAGGGAGAAACAGGGCCACCUUUUACUCCGUUCAAAAGGUCAGGGGCCAUAUUGGGAACAACGAGAAGUUAAAUGCCGACAGUGA